AUGGCGGACAAACUAAAGAUAGCUAAGGUCGAAAAUGUAAAGGUAUUGGGAGGUGGAGAGGUUUCAACAGUAACGCUUCACUUAACAGCGCAUCAUCUUAUUUUAUUGCAGCACUUUACAAAUGAGCUUCCCUCAAAAGAAGUCAAAACCCAGACGAGAGAGUCAUGGUUCGCGUAUCCAAUGAUUGCAAAUUGUACUUUCCGCCCAACAUCACCUGGCUCUGCCCUUGAGUCAUCAAUACGUCUUCGCGGGCGAGACUUUAGAUUUUUCACACUCAACUUUUCUGACGAAAAGCUAGCUUGGGACGUUUAUGAAAGCCUAAAAGGAGCAACUUGCAGACUAGGUAGCAUUGAAAAGCUCUAUGCAUUUCAUUAUGAAGCACCACCUCCUGAAAGGCAGGUAAAUGGUUGGAGCCUGUAUAAUGCAAAAGAAGAAUGGAGGCGUCAGGGAAUCAGUAGCAAAAGUAAAGACAAAGGCUGGAGAAUUUCUCGAAUCAAUGCAGAUUAUACUUUCGCACCAACUUAUCCUGCUCUCCUGCCUGUUCCGUCUAGUAUCUCCGAUAAUACUCUCAACUAUGCCGGAAGGUAUCGUUCACGGUCACGUAUACCAGUUUUGACCUACCUUCAUCCGGUAAAUAACUGCUCAAUCAUCAGAAGCUCCCAGCCAUUAACUGGGCUCCGAGGAAAUCGAAGUGUUCAAGAUGAGAAACUUGUGCAUGCCUGCUUUUCAGCUCCAGGCACAGAAUGUGAAGGAAACUCCACCUCUGCUUAUUUGUGUUCUACCCGUAACCUGGACCGAGAUAGUUCCUCGUCUAACAACUCGAGUGAUAGUAGUACCCAGAGGCCAAUACUAGACGAUCUCAAUUCCUCGUCAAGUUUAGAGGAGAUAGCAACCAAAGAUCAAAUUUAUGGAGCUCAGCGACAAAACCUUAUAGUAGACGCUCGUCCUACAGUAAACGCUUUGGCGAUGCAGGCAGUUGGAUUAGGCUCUGAGAAUAUGGAUCACUAUAAAUUCGCAUCAAAAAUCUACCUGGGUAUUGAUAAUAUACAUGUUAUGCGAGACUCUCUGGGAAAAGUUAUUGAAGCGAUAAAAGAUUCCGAUAUUUCCAAAAUUUCCCCAAAUAAAGAGAAGCUUGCAAAAAGUGGCUGGCUUAAACACAUUACCGGAUUACUUGAGGGUUCCGCUUUGAUUGCUCGACAAGUAGGAAUCCGCCAUUCAAACGUUUUGAUUCAUUGUUCUGAUGGAUGGGAUAGAACUAGCCAAUUGAGUGCUCUUGCACAGCUUCUUCUGGACCCUUAUUACCGGACCAUUGACGGCUUUAUUGUUUUAAUCGAGAAAGAUUGGUUGGCUUUCGGGCACAUGUUUCAGCACCGCUCUGGAUUCUUAAACAGCGAAAAAUGGUUUUCAGUCCAAAGCGACGCUCUUGCUGGCUCAGCAAUCCAGCCUGGGAGUAACAACGAAGGACGAGGUGAUGCAAUCGAGAAUGCAUUCCUCAGCGCUAAGAGGUUUUUUAACAAAAGUAACCAAAGUCAGGAGGGCAUUAAUGACUUCGAAGCAGAGAUUUUAGGACAAGAAGAAACAGUCAGUAAAAGUUCUAUUAAAGAUGAUAUCACAACGAGAGAAGCGACCAAACCAAAGGAGACCAGUCCCGUAUUUCACCAAUUUUUAGAUGCGACAUACCAGCUUCUUCAUCAGUACCCUACAAGAUUUGAGUUCAACGAAAGGUUCCUUCGGAGGCUUCUUUAUCACCUUUACUCAUGUCAGUAUGGGACUUUCCUAUAUAAUAGCGAAAAGUCCCGGCGCGAAGCACGAGUUCAAGAUCGAACAGCUAGUGUGUGGGGUUAUUUUCUAUCACGGCGAGCCGAAUUCACAAACAAAGACUACAGUGGUGGCGAAAUUGAUGAUCACGUGUGCGGAAAAGAACGAAUUCUUCUACCUCACCCAGAUAGGAUCAGAUGGUGGAAUGAAAUCUUCAAUCGAACCGAUAAGGAAAUGAAUGGGCCCGGACAUGAAGAUUGUCGGGAUCAAAAAGCUUCUAUCCGGACCUUGUCAUAUACAGAUGAUCUUUCGCAUACGAACCCUACAAUUACAGUUGCUCGUCAGCAUUCAGUAUCUGGUAAAAUGAGCUCUUUGACUGGUCUUCGCGAUGGGAUAGCUGGCCUAGCCUUAGGCAUUGGAAAGAGUUCUUUGGGCCAGAAAAGUCCAAGCAGGAAGCAGCCAAUAGAACUCGAGAUGCAAUGA